ACGCAUGGUGGACAUGGUGGUGUGUGCUGUGCGCAUGCCCGCAUGCCCAUAUUGCCCAUCAAAACAAAAAGUCAAAAAAUGAAUUUGUAUUUGUGUUAACAAAAAUUAAACAACAUACAAGAUAUAAAUUAUUAAAAUAUAGAAUUAUGGCUGAUUUCAAAGUUGUUACAUCCGAUUUUGUCAAUUUACAAAUAUCAACAUCUAAAGAUGACUUAUCUUUUAACGAAAAACGUUUUCCUAAAGAUAUUACUAUAUCAGAUUUAAAAGUGAAGCUGGAAUUAAUUACUGGUGGUAGUUGUAACACAAUGCAGCUUCAAGCUUUCAAUAAAGACAACAAGUGCGUUUGUUCCUUAGAUAACAAUACUGCUCUACUGGGCUCAUAUCCUUUAGAAGAUGGUAUGAGACUUCAUGUCAUUGAUAAUUUUUUAAUGAGAAAUGAACUGGAUUUUGGAAAUGUUCCCAAAUUUGAAUUAUCACAGGAUGAAUAUGACAAAAAGGGUGAUACAGUUAGAUCAUUUUUAAUGAAAAAUAAGAUGGGUAAAUAUAAUCAAGAAAAUAUUCAGAAAAAGGAACAGUUGGAAGAAGAAGAAAAAAAAUUAACAGAAAGCAUAAAGAUAGGAUCUAGAUGUAAAGUGUCCGUUCAAAAUGCUUCUGAUAAACUUGGUACAGUAAUGUACACAGGACAAGUUGAAGGGCUCUCUGGAUAUUGGAUUGGAGUUAAAUAUGACGAACCACUGGGAAAAAAUGAUGGAAGCUUAAAAGGAAAAAGGUAUUUCCAAUGUCCAGAAAAAUAUGGUGCAUUUGUUAAACCACAUAGUAUAACUUGCGGAGAUUUUCCUGAAGAAGACUAUGAUUUAAAUGAAGAAAUUUGAUUGCCAUUCCAAACUACAUUUUCUUGUCGUAAAAAUUAAUGCUUUACUACUAUACUACUACAUUGUGAUGCUUAUUAUAUUCUUUUUAAUACAUAAAUUUUAAAUUU